AUGUGUGACGAAACAGAAGAAAAUCUUAUUGAAGAUGCUGAUGCUGAUUCGGAAGAUGAAGCAACACUAAUAACAACAGCAACAUUAACACCAACAAUAAAUACAACAGGCAUGAAAACUGUUGUGAAUAGUCGAAAGUCUUUACGGACACCUAAAUGUGCACGAUGUCGAAAUCAUGGUGUUGUCUCUUGCCUUAAAGGUCACAAAAAAUAUUGCCGAUGGCGUGACUGUACGUGUGCAAGUUGUUUAUUAGUAGUAGAGCGGCAACGCAUUAUGGCUGCUCAAGUAGCUCUUCGUAGACAGCAAGCAACAAUAAAUACAAAUAAGACAACAACAAUGACAAACAGUAAUAAAUAUAGAAAUUCAGCUUUAUUUCUUGAACAAAAACGUCUUGCUGUACAAAAAAAUUUAAGACAAUUACAAGAAAGUUCUAUAUCACGAGAUGUUAUUAGAAGUCUUAAAGCAAAAAGUCAUAAAAAUGAGAAUAAUGGAAUUAAUCGUUUUUCAACAAUUCCAGUUCUUAAUGAUCGAUUACGUAAACGUCGUUGUUUUGCUGAUAAAGAACUGGACAAUAUUCCAGCAAUAUCUACAACAUUUGAGAAUAUGGUAACAAACAGUGCUUUUCGUAUGGCUAAUUUAACACGUUUUCGUUCACGAGACACAUCAAUAUCAUCUUUUCCUACUGAAAAAUCCACACAUAAGAAAUGGACUGAUUUUUCUGUAGCAGCUAUUAUUGGUCAGAGUUAA